CUUAUACACAGCAUUCACAACUAAGAAAUAUCCAGAACAUUUCAGAAAUGAGUGAUACGGAGGCAUUACUGUCAAGUGACUAUUCCAGAAUGUUCGAUAACUCAAAUGUCCCAUUGACAUCUGAGGUAAGGAUCAUUCUGGUGGGGAAGACUGGAACAGGGAAGAGUGCGACAGGAAACACCAUCCUGGGACAGACAGUGUUUCAUUCAGAAAUUUCCCCUAAAGAGGUCACAACCAAGUCCAGUAAAGAAUCUGCGCUGCGAGGAGGAAGAAUAAUCUCUGUAAUUGACAUGCCAGGGUUUUGUGGAGCAAUGACUGCGGUAGACAUGAAGACUCAGAUACAGCAUUGUGUUGACCUGUCAGUUCCUGGUCCUCAUGUGUUCCUGCUGGUGAUCAAUCUGGGUGUGAGAUAUACACGGGAGGAGGUGAACACGGUCAAACUGAUUCAGCAGAACUUUGGAGAAGAUGCUGUGCACUACACCAUCAUUCUGUUCACUCACGGCGAUCAGCUGAAAGGUAAACCUUUGCAAAAGUUUGUUGGAGAAUGUCAGCAUCUAAGGACUCUUACUGACAGCUGUGGUGGCAGAUAUCACGCAUUCAACAACGAAGACACGAAGAACCGCACUCAGGUCACUGAACUGAUGGAUAAGAUUGACAGAAUAAUUGAGGAAAACGGGGGAAACCACUACACUAAUGAAAUGUUUGAAAAAGCUCAGAAAAUAAUUAAAAUAAAAGAGAUGAAAAAAAAGGCAGUGGAUGUUGCAUUAGGAGUUGGAUCAGUUGUAGGAACAGGAGCAGCAAUAGCAGGAGGUGUAGUCUUGGGAGUAACAGAGGUCGUGAUCUUACCUGCAGUUUUGAUCGCAGCUGGUGUUGCAACUGGAUUGGGAAUGGGUGCGAAUCUUGCUGUGAAGAAGUACAAGGAACACAGAGAGAAGAAAAAAAACAAUUAGCCCAAAAAUAGCAACCUCUUUUCAACUUGUAAUUAUACCCAGAUCUACAUUACUUUCAGCUAUUGUUAGUCUGUUGUUUUUGCUUCUUAAACUGGGACAUUGUAUGUGCUUUUUGUUUUUA